UUUACUGGAGAUUUCAGGGUGCUUGGCAAACGCCGCUCGUGACCUGACCCAGCUUGAGAUCGGCAGUUCGGGGCAGGGGUGGGCUUACCGGGGUUUAUGAUGAGGACCGUGGCAAAAGGCAACCGUGCCGGACCCUGCUGAGGUCGGCAUGCCGUCAUAAACCCUGACAAUUUACAACAGCGCUCUGAAUAAUGGUGGCGAUCCUUCCCCAUUUCAAUGCACACCGCCGACGAUUCACGUCGCUUGUUUGCACUUCACACUUGAGCGAAGCUUCAACUCGUGCGAGUGCCACGAUGGCCCUCGUUGGAGCGGCCAUCGGCGCUGUGUCCGCGCUAGGCAUACGCGAACUAGUAGUCCGGCUGCUCCACAGAAAGGACACUGCGAGCGCGACGGGAGGGGCGAAGCCUACCGAAAUCGUCGCGAAUGGCACGUCGCAUUCUGCGAACGCCGUGCCAGCCACAACGCCGAGCUCCAGCGCUGCAUCUGGAAGCUCUGCAGCUGCAGAUUGGCAACCAGCGCGGCACGUGAAGGCGCCACACCCGGGCUGGAAGCCGGGCCAGCCGCAGCCCUGUCCGCUGCCCGGUGCGGACACGUUCAUCGAGGUAGACACCAAGACCACGCCACCCGGCGACCUGUACCCGCUGGUCAUCUCCGCCGCUGUGCCGCGCCCGGUGGCCUUCAUCUCCUCGGUGGACUCGGCCGGCGCUGUGAACCUGUCCCCCUACAGCUUCUUCAACGCCAUGGGCUUCAACCCGCCCACGGUGGCUAUCGGUCUGUGCCACAGCCCCGCCCGGCUCGAGGGCAAGAAGGACACCCUGCACAACAUCGAGCAGACCGGCGAGUUUGUGGUGAACAUCAUGAGUGAGUGGUUCGUGGAGGCGGCCAACCACACCUGCGGCGACUACCCCCGGGGCGUGGACGAGAUGAAGCUGGCGGGUCUCACGCCGCUGGCCUCAACCAAGGUCCGGCCGCCGCGUGUGGCGGAGUCGGCUGUGCACAUGGAGUGCCGGCUGCGAACCAUCCACCACGUCAAGAACGAGACCACGGGUGCCGUGACCACCUCCAUCGCCAUCGGCGAGGUGCUGGCCUUCCACGUCAGCGCCGCCGUGGCGGGCCGCAGCCCCAGCGGCAAACUCACGGUGGAUCCCGUGGCCCUGGCGCCCGUGGCGCGUUGCGGUGGCGUGACGUACGCGCGCUGUACGGAGCUGUACGAGAUCGGGCGGCCGGACGGGCAGGGGCGGUACCCCGGGGAGGCGGCGGGCAAGAAGGAGGGGGAGGGCGGCAAGGCGGGCGGGGCGGGACAGGGGCAGGGACAACAGGGGCAGGGGCAGGGGCAAAAGCCUCCGGCGGCGGGUGCGAGCGGCGGGUAGGUUGCGCAAGGUUGUCCAAGGUUUGGGCAAGGGUGGCAAGGGGAGGGAGGGUUUUGUGCCGGGCACCUGCUGAGAGGCCGGAGGACAACUGUCAACUGGACAGGCUGGAUGUGUGAUGGGAGAGUGGUUAGGCAGGUUGGUGAAGUCCCGCAGGGCGCAGCUGAUGGACAGGCUGGAUGUGUGAGACGCGGAAGAUUUGGGACAUGUGUGAGAGGCGCGAUUGUAGAUGGUGACAUGUAACUGGUGUGCAUA